CCACAAGCACGGUAAAAAAAAAAAAACAACUCUAGAACUUCCUUUUAUACAAGGGUCGGUAAAUAUAACACAGCUGUUUGAGGUCUCUUGGUUGGCACCAUGGGGCGGCUGGAUGGGAAGAUCAUCCUGUUGUCUGCAGCAGCACAGGGCAUCGGCCGAGCAGCUGCGAUUGCUUUUGCUAAAGAAGGAGCCAAAGUCAUUGCUACAGACAUCAAUGAGUCUAAACUGCAAGAACUGGGGAAAUACCCAGGCAUUCAAAUACGGGUUCUGGAUGUCACCAAAAAGGAGCAGAUAGAAAAUCUGGCCAAGGAGAUUGAAAAGAUUGACGUCCUCUGUAACAUUGCAGGGUUUGUUCAUCAUGGAACCAUUCUGGAGUGUGAGGAGCAAGACUGGGACUUCACGAUGAACCUCAACGUUCGCAGCAUGUAUCUAAUGAUCAAGACAUUCCUUCCAAAGAUGCUUAAACAGAAAUCUGGAAAUAUUAUAAAUAUGUCUUCUGUGGCAUCCAGCAUCAAAGGAGUUGUGAACAGGUGUGUCUACAGUACUUCAAAGGCAGCAGUUAUUGGGCUGACAAAGGCUGUGGCUGCUGAUUUCAUUGAACAAGGCAUCAGAUGCAACUGCAUAUGUCCCGGGACUGUGGACACACCAUCUUUACAAGAAAGAAUCCAAGCCCGACCUAACCCAGAACAGGCAUUGAAAGACUUUCUAGCCAGACAGAAGACUGGCAGAAUGGCUACUGCUGAAGAAGUGGCCCAUCUCUUUGUGUACUUGGCCUCUGAUGAAUCUGCCUAUGUGACUGGUAAUGAACUAAUCAUCGAUGGAGGAUGGAGCUUGUGAUUGACUCUACCUGCAAAUGGAAAUUCACACUAUCAUGGGCAAAAAAAUAAGGAUGGUGUUUCUUGCAAAGAUUGAGAUCAUGCAUGUAAUGUCUUUCCAAACAAAUUUUCUGCUCUCUCUCUCUAGAUUGAUCUUGCUGAUUAACUUUUCCUUAAAUAGAGAAACAUUGCAGUAAAACAUA